GUGUCGGUCCAUUGUCGUUGUCAGUGUUGUUCUGUUCCUCCUCGUGAAACUCUAGGUUUUGCUCAUCAAAGAGCUUUUUGUUGUCAGUCGGGUCACUGACUUUAGGCUUGGCUUCCUGCCCCUUCUUGGAUUUUUGGACAUUGACUCCUAAUAAAAGGAUUUUAUGUUUUACUACGCACCUGCCUUGUUGUUGUUCUGGGUUUCUGCAUCUUGGGUCCUGACCUCCUCCUGGCUCAAACGUGACAGCUGCUGGUGAUUCUUCUGAUGGUAACGGGAAUAAAAUUCUCUCAGCUGAGCAAGGAUGUCAGAUGUCAAACUGCAGCUUGGAACUAUCCAGCAGCGAUUCACCUCACCUUCAAGCUCAGCCAUGAAUGGAAGGGCUCUCCUGCUGCUUCUCAUCGCCGGUGUGGCUGGUAGAGCACGGCAUCGCAGAAACUUGGUGCAGCUUGCGGAGAUGAUCAGCUGUGUUCAGCCUGGAGUCAGUCCUCUGAGGUACAACAACUACGGCUGCUGGUGUGGCCUCGGGGGGUCUGGAAAGCCCGUGGAUGGAGUAGACAAGUGCUGUAAGACUCAUGAUCAAUGUUACUCAACCAGCAGGAGUGUCCCAGAAUGCAGCUCUAUUGUUGACAGCCCCUACACCAUUGUUUAUGAUUACACAUGUUCUAAUAAACAGGUGGAGUGCUCAGAUACCAACAAUAAGUGCCAGGCUGCUGUGUGCAAGUGUGAUAAGGCGGUGGCUCAGUGCUUCGCUCGGAAUCCCUACCACCCCAAAAACAAGGACCUGGAUAAAUCCCACUGUGUCGACUGAGCCCCCCAAAAACUGCCUCAUCACAGUCUGGAUUUGUAGAUGAGGAGCAGUUUAUAAUAAAACUCUGUGACUGAUUUCUCAUGUGUGAGGACUGCUACCGAAUGUCAGACUUCCACAACCAGGUUAGAAAUGUUUACUUAAGCCAGAUCCACAGGAACACCACUUUAAAUAAAAGUCAGUCAGCAGCUUCGUGGUGUUGAAUGCAUUUGUUUUAUUGCACAUCUGAGAAGGUAUAAAAACUUUCAGAUGUUUACGGUCAAACAGGAGGAAUGUUGCGGCUUCACCAGCUGUAAAUGAGAUAGAAACCCUUAGAAAGUCGUAACUCGAUGUAAAUCUGCACCUGUUGGUGACGGUCUAAUUUUAUAUACAUCUGCAAUGGCCAGCUGACCUUUGAAAACACAAAAAUAAACACAAGUCAUCUGAUUUUAUAGCUACUGAGCUCAAACAUGGUUUCGUAUUGCUAAGAGUCCUUCUCAACACACUCAGAGUUGUAACAGAUCUUGGCCUAUUGCAGAAAAUUGCUCUAUUUUAAAAAUUUGCUAUAAAAAUGUUAAAUCCAAAACGUUUCCACAUUAAAUGAUCUUCAUUUAAAACUCUGGCACACAGGAAACAAUGUGCAUUCCUUCAAAUGAUGCAUUCCUUUAUUAAUGUCCUUAAGCAUUAAUACUUAACUGUUUAGGUGAGGACGUACUUUCAUUUGGACAUUUCUGUUUGUUGUUGAGGUUCAGAAAGAGACACAUAAAACACUUUGCUAGGUAUAAAACAUAUAGGCGUGGUAGUGCUGGUGCAUUCAUUAGUGUGUUCUCUGCAUGUAAAGUGAGUUAAAAAGAUGAUUUACAGGUUUUUGUGACAAACGUGGAUCUGAUGAAGGAAGAAUGAAUCCUAAUCUCACACCGUAGUGAGUCUGAACAGACUGAUUUGUUAAAAAAAAAAAGUUUAGCAAAAAG